AUGCCUCUCGUCGUACCUGGUAUCAACAACAACGACUCCGAUGACAAGACUCAGCUCUGGACCAACAAGCUGGUCGGAAAGAAGCUCCACGAGGAGGAGUCUAACGAGACGACCUUCUGCAAGAGGGAUCUCCCCGAAGAGUCCCGUGUUAUCGAGCCUGGCAUGAUGGUCACCAAGGACUUCAGACCCAACAGACUCAACGUUCACGUCAAGGAGGACGGAACCGUUUCUCACGUCAACCACGGUUGA